AUGAAGAAAAGAAAAUUGGAGUUGACAUCUCAUUCGGAGACAAAUGAUAAUGAUGAUAGUUCAAAGCAAACUCGACAUGAUCAAUCAAUUAUUGUCAAGCAGUCAAACCAAGCUCAAUGUGACUAUAGAAUUAUUUUGAAUUCAUCAAUUGAUUGUAUCCGGUUUCUUGUAUUGCAAGCACGUGCAUUUUGUGACAAUCACGAACUUAGCAAUCGAGGGCACUUUCUUGAACUUUUGCAAUUUCUUGCCAGUCGCAAUGAGGUUGUUAAAGGCGAAUUAAAUAAGGUUCCAGAAGAUAGGAAAUUAGAUGUAUAUGUGUUUCAAGAAGCCAUUGUUAAUGCUGCUGCAACAGUGACUAUUAAUUUUAUUAUCAGAGAUAUCGGGAAUGCAUUUUUCUCUAUUAUAAUUGGUGAUUCUCAAGACACAUCAAGACACAUCGGUGGAGGAGUAAAUGGUGGUUGUGCUACACUACGUGGGCAAAGUUAUGAUGGGGUUACUAAUAUGCAAGGUGAGUUCAACAAUCUCAAAAUGCUUAUUCUGAAGGAGAAUGAAUUUGUUUAUUUUGGUCAUUGUUUUGCUUAUGAGCUCCAGUUAGCUCUUGUGGCUGUGGCAAAGAUUCAUAUCCAUGCCCUUCUUUUCACCUUGGUUGCUAAUGUAAUGAAUGUACUUGGAGCCUCAUGUUUUUCAUCCAACUUCAACCAAAUGAUUCUUCAUGAACAUCCAUGGGAUGCUUAUGUAAGGAGGUGGACUAAUAGCCUAAUUCCAUCAAUCAUCUUCUGA